UUCCACGCCUUCAGGCCUGUAGUAUUGAACUGUACAACAUACACAAGUAAUGGCCCAGCAGUCAUGGCGGCCAGUUGGAUUGGACGAGCCGGUAUUCUGACUAACCCAGUCCUGUCACAGGCGAACAGCUCGACGUACAAGUCGUCGUCUGCUAAAGGCGGGACGCUACUGAGGGGCACAAAAAAUGACGUCAUAUCUAACCCAAACCUUGAACUUUCUCUUGUUGAAAAAUUACAAAACCACUACCGGAACCGAUCCGCUUCGGAUACUAAUUCCAGGCACUUGUUCCGCCUCUUGUUCCAGUUCCAGGCAGUGACCCAGAUUUAUAUGACCUUGACCUACAUCAUCCCCGGCGUGUUCGCUAGCUGGGAGCCAGAGAGCCAGUACUACCUAAAGGUUGCUGCCUGCUACAUCUUUGUUAUGGGCCAGGCCAACUGGCUGUGCUCUAUCUGCUACACCAACACACUCCCCGAUAUCAGGGACAGACCAGAGCUGGAGAGGCGGAGCUGGUUCCAGACUCACACAAGUGGCGGGGUCAAGCCCAGCGUGCUGGACGACAACGGCCUUGAGUGGAAGUACUGUAGCAAGUGUGAGCGCUACAAACCACCGAGAACUCACCACUGCGAUGCGUGUCGCACGUGCAUUUUACGCCGCGACCACCACUGUUUCCUGAUAGGCAAAUGUAUCGGACACUACAACCAGCGCUACUUCGUGGUCUUCUGCUCGCUGGGUGUCCUCACCGGCAUCGUCGGCUUUGCUGGCACCGUGGCCUACCUGGUGAGCCUGCCCGACGCCGUAACGUGGGUGGACUACGUAUUCCCCUGGUCGUUGUUCAAGUUCUGUGUGGGGCAGGUCAGCUGGCAGUUCCUCCUCUUGACUUUCCACGCCGAGAUGUUGGCUGUGUUCGGGGCCAUGAGUUGCAUCUACAGCAUCGGUCAGCUCAGCAUCGUCUGCCUCGGCUUGACCCUCUAUGAGGUCGCUAAGCACGUGGACGUCAAGGUCACAAGCUCACGAGCUGAAAACCUGCGCAUUGUGUUCGGAGAUUAUUGGUUUCUCAACUUUCUUUUUCCUGCUCAGAUUCUCUUCAAGCAACGACACGACGGCAUGCACUAUGACAACAUCAAGAUAGGCAACAACAAAGUCAACAUUGAGUAGGAUUUCUGAUCGAGCUUUUCUCUAUCUCAUAGUAUUCUAUCACACCAACAUAUCACAAGAUGCCGCACACCAAAAUAUUAAAAGAUGAUGUUUCAACAUA